UCGCGCGGCAUGAUGCCUUCGUCUACGCCAGCAGGGGGGGCGUCCCGUGCUGUCGCCAUUCUGACAAGCCUCGUCGGCUGUUUCUUCGAUGUUGUUUUCUUUUGGCAGUUGAAACUUUACAACUGGUGGAUCAAGAAAUCUCCACGCGACGCACUCCUCGAAAACCUCGGCGCAGCAAAUCUCUUCGAGGAAUGGGAAGCCGCCGCUUUCCAGCUCGAUGAAAUCCUCGGUUACGAUUUAUGGCGGCAGAAUCCUACUUCCAAAUACUAUGACUACCGUCUCAUUUACGAACGGUUGCAAGCCAUUAUCGAGGCCCGUGAGGAAGAUGAUAUCCUAGGCUUGGUGUCGUUACUCAGAAGUGGCCUCGUCAGGAAUUUGGGCAACAUAACGGCACCAAGACUGUACAAUCGGGCAUAUGCGGGCACCAAACUGCUGAUCGAGGACUACAUCACUCAGGUCGCACUGGCCAUCGACCACGUGACUAGAUAUCCCGUGUCCAAUUCAGCUGGCCUGACGAACCAAACCAAACUGGAUGUCAUGCAUGAUACCCGUCAAGCAUUUGGUAGAUCAGUACUGGUGCUUCAAGGGGGAGCAAUCUUUGGGUUAUGCCAUUUGGGUGUCGUGAAGGCUCUGCAUCUCCGCGGUCUCCUUCCUCGAAUCAUUGCUGGGACGGCCACGGGCGCUCUGAUCGCCGCGCUCGUCGGAGUCCAUACCGAGGAUGAGCUUCUUGAAUUUCUGAAGGGAAGCAGCAUCAACUUGACAGCCUUUGCGAAACAGUCUACCGCGGGCAAAGAAGCAGACCGACCUAGUUCAUGGUGGCAAACAUUAGUGCGGCGCAUCAAGCGCUUCAUCCGCGAGGGCUACUUUCUCGAUGUCGGUGUGCUCGAGCAAGUUGUCCGUGCCAACGUCGAAGACCUUACCUUUCAAGAAGCUUAUCUCAAGACCAAGCGCGUGCUCAACAUCACCGUCUCUACUACGGGUCGGGGCGGUGUACCCAACGUGCUCAACUACCUGACUGCGCCCAACGUUCUCAUCUGGUCUGCAGCCCUGGCCUCCAACGCCUCUGCGUCUACCCUAUAUCACCCAGUGACGCUCCUCUGUAAAGACGACCGCGAUAACAUUGUCCCUUGGUCACCUGCCAGCGAAGCUACCUUCCACCCAUGGACUCACGCCUCGUAUGCCGACUCGCGUGAUUCUCCUCUGCACCGUAUAGCAGAGCUUUUCAAUGUAAAUCACUUCAUCGUCUCACAAGCUCGCCCGUACCUCGCACCUUUCCUACGCUCAGAUUUACACCAUCCUCAUCCAUCUUCAUCUACCACGUCGUCUUUCUCCUCCUUUUCACUCCCCCUCCUGCGACUCAUCGUCAUGGAAAUACAACACCGCCUCCACCAACUAAACGAGCUUCGUCUUCUACCCCCAUCCAUUCGGCGCUUCCUCCUUGAUGAGUCGGUGCCUGCAGGUACAUCUUUAACUCUUGUUCCUGAGCUCACAGGCGGCGACUUUUUCAAAUUGCUCGAAAACCCGACAAAAGAGGCUCUCGAUAAUUGGAUCCUGAGAGGUGAGCGUAGCGUUUGGCCUGCUGUAGGCGCAUUGAAAGUACGAUGCGCUGUCGAAGUGGAAUUGGAUCGCGGAUAUCAAUUGGUCAGAAGGAGAAGACCGGUUAGUACUGAUCUGGACGCCAGCAGUAAGACUGGGGGCAAAGAGGGAGGAUCUUUGGAAGGUGUGGCUGGGAUCAAUGGUGUUCGCGAGCGGCUGAAGAAGGAAGGGAGUAGGGGUGAUGUCGGAGCCACUGCGACAGAUACAGCGAGAGAGAGGCGGACUAGGAGACCUGCUAGUAUCGCUGGGGAGCAGUAUCUGGGGACGUAG